AGCCAGACAAGGAAGCGGGCAGCUCACUGUAGGCGGGAGAGCGUGAAGACAGGAGGAGGGCAGGCUCCUGUGUUGGAGCUGAAUAGUCUGGAGGAAAUGGUGAUGUCUCUUAUUCCAAAUUGCCAGCUCGAAGGCUGUGAGGGAGGCCUGAAGAGUGAAGAGUGUAAGUUCAUGUUGCAGUAAUUCAGUAUAGUAGUAAGUUAUAAUUAUAUGAAAUUUAAACAGUAUAAUACUCAACAUAGAAAGAUAUGAUAGAAAUCUAUUGUAACCACUUUUAACAUUUAUAAAUGAAAUGGAACUGUCCUAUGAAAAAAAUAUCAUGCAACAUUUACAAUAUAAAAGGGAAUUGAAAAUGACUUUGUUUAAGUACUAACAUUACCAACAUUAGAUGUUAACAAUAUCACUGUUAUUGUUUUUGCAGGUGUGACUCUAUCAGAGGGCAUUGCUGCCACUCCCCUGCUAGAUGCAACAAUAGCAGACACACAAAUUGAAGCCCUGCAUAUGUCCAGCCCAGAGCCAGUGAAAGGCAGGUGUAGAACUUACAUGUACUUUAUCUAUGCUGAAACUAUAAAAUUAUGAAUUCCUAGUGAAUAAACUAAACACAUGUACACAUUAAUGGAAAAUGAAUUUCACAAAAAAAAAGGUCACUUGCUUUACCAAAGACUUUAAAGGUGACAUGAGAUAUAGCUAUACAUUAAUCAAUUAAUGGAAAUGAAAAAAUGUUGAUUUAUGGCCAUCAAAUUUCAGAUGCUAUGAUAGCUCUUGAAACAGUUAUGGCAAUUCCCGCUGCAUUUGGAGCCCCAGUUGAGAAACCAAAGGCACAUAAACAGACUCCAGCUUCCACCAUGAGUGUGUCACCAAAGAGACAAAUCAUCUCCAUUGAGGAGAAAAAGCUGGAGGUGCUGGCUUCCCUUCUUGACACUCAGAAUGAGCUGCUUAGUGUGGAGAGGAGGAGACUGGCAGUGGAGGAGGAAAAGCUGACUCUUCUGAAACAGAUGAACACAUGUCCGGCUGAUUUCUCGCCAAUCAUUAAAUUUUAUUAAAUGAUUAAAGAUCAAUAUUAUCUUUAA